AUGUUUGUUUGGUACCUUUSUCUAAUUGAUUAUUAUGAAUCUCAGAUUAGUCAGAUUAAAAAGGAGCUGAGGCAGUAUAAAGAAGACGAAGACCAGGUGCAGAGAGAAGUAAAAAACAAGGAAGAAUUCUUAAAUCUAGAUGCUACUCCUAAUUACAAAGCACUGCUUACGAAACAACUUACUGAAACAAAAGCCAAGAACGAACAGCUUUUGCUUGAAAAUAUAAAUCUGAAGAAGGAUUUGGAAAUAAGCAGACCAACUGCACAGGAAUUUAAAUUUUACAAGCACCAAGUGAAGAAACUACAGAAAACUUUAAAGAAAAUGAUACAUUGUAUUUUGUGUAGGUCUUCAGGGAGCAGGACCGGAGAAAAAAGUGAAGAAAAGAAAGAUUCUGGGAGAGCUGCRGGAGUGGAUGAGCAGCAGGCAGCCUGCCAGCAAUACUUGCAGGUUUUGUCCCGUAUUGAUUCUGUUUUGCAAAGCCCUAGAGCUCCUCCAUUAAUAUUCCGGCCCAGCAAAGGUCCAGUGCAAAAUGACAUUAAAGAGAAUGGACAGGGAUGUCGAUUUGAUCACCUUCCACUCACUAUAGAAAUGUGGGCAGAUCAGCUAGUGGCUCUGAAGGAUUUGCAUAGGUCCUUGAGAAAACUGUCUCUGGAAUUGCURCCUUGGAACACUGCAGAUCCACAGGAUAAGAGAGAAUCCGUACGAGUUGAAGACCUCCAGCUGAUAGUAGAUACAAUUUUGGAAGAAUUAGAGAAUAAGGAAAAGAACAGUCAGACACCRUCCGUGACAACCCUGUCUGCCAUAGUCUCUCACUUCCAGAAGCUGUUUGAUGUGAAUUCUCUGAAUGGUGUUUAUCCACGGAUGAAUGAGGUUUACAUAAAGCUGGGGGAAAUGACCAAUGCCAUGAGGAAUCUCCAUGAGCUUCUGGAACUAGAUAGUUCAGCUCCACCCACUGUGGUAGUGAAUACUGUUGGGAAACUAUGUGACAUCCUUAAUAAYAACGUGGCUAAGCAGGUACAGCAGCUUCUGGGCACCCAAGACAUCCACAGUAUCAUCAAUAAGCUUGAAGAACAUGAAUGCUUCUUUCCACCCUUUCAAGCUCUCAUUCAAGAUUUGCUGUGUCUUCUAGAGAUCAGUAACAUGGAUGAUAUUUUACCUGCAGUGCAAAGCCUGAAAUGGGGAGCUGGUUAAGGCUGACUCUGCUUUUCCUGAGCAAGAUUUCUCUUACUUGUGAAUGUACCUAUUGGUGUACAUGAUGUCGCAGCUACCUCCAACCACUGUUAUCCUAAGCAACACUUCCAGAUUUUUURACAAAAAUAAAAGUUGCUCCAUUUUUAAAAUUUUUUCUUAAUUCUUGUUCAAUUUAGGAGAAACUUUAACUGCUAGCAACUGGUCUACUCUCUCCCAGAGAGAAAACCAAUAUAAUCUGUAUCAAUCCAGGAAACAGCACCCAGCACACCACCAGGCAAACUUUAACCACUGAGCAUUCUGAAUGUUGCUGACACAGUAUGUAUGAGGUAAAGAUGCCCUAACUGCCAUAGCCAUUACACCUUCAGCAUUUGCCCAUCUUGGCUUUCUGGAGAGUCUGUUCACAUUUCCAGAUCAGUUUUGGAUGGGAACAUGUUACUGAGUAUUGUCUCUGGUUAUGGACUGAGGCAGACUGGAUUCAUGUAAUCAAGGUCAAAAAUACUUGCAUGAAGUUACUAUGGUGGUAUUUCAAAAGUCAGUUUUAUAAAGGAAUAGAUCAAGUCUCUUAUGCAAGACAAUUAGAAGUUUAUUGUACAGAAACAAGUACACCAAGCUUCCAAAAGUACUUUGCCUUAAUGUUAAUAAAGYUUAGUUUACAAAACUUUGCUGUUCCUCAGAAUCUGGGUUUACAAGAUUUUGAAAUGUACUGUAACAAAGGACAAAACCUGUUAAAGCGUCACAAACUAAAACCUUAAUGACAUCUUGGUUAACUCAUCUUUCUGCUUUUGGAAGCUCRUUAUUUACAUACCUGCAGCCACAGCCAGCUAAGGUACUUCUGAA